AUGGCACCCUCUCUUGAACAUUACGAAGAAGCCACCUCCGGCAUCCCCGUCAAGGUGCUCGGCACACAGAUUGACGGCACCAAUGGUGCUGCCACAUUACAGCUUGAACAAGCCGACAAGCACGACCAAGUUCUCCGUGUCUUCCGUUGCUUGAUUGCUGACUUGUGCGAACAAUUCGGUGGUGGCCACCCUGGUGGUGCCAUGGGUAUGGCAGCCAUAGGCGUGUCACUCUGGAAAUAUGCCAUGAAGUACUCGCCAGCAAACCCAAACUACUUCAACAGAGAUCGUUUCGUUCUUUCCAAUGGCCACACAUGUCUGUUCCAAUACACGUUCAUGCAUCUGGUCGGUUACAAGAACAUGACAAUCGACCAGCUCAAAUCAUACCACUCGGACCGCACAGACUCCAUCUGCCCUGGCCAUCCUGAGAUCGAGCACGAGGGUAUCGAAGUCACAACGGGUCCUCUCGGUCAAGGUGUUGCCAACGCUGUUGGUAUGGCCAUGGCAACAAAGCACCUCGCUGCCACCUACAACAAGCCAAACUAUCAAGUCGUCAACAACAUGACUUACUGCAUGAUUGGCGACGCCUGUCUGCAGGAAGGUGUUGCCAUGGAGGCCGUCUCUCUUGCUGGCCACUGGAAGCUGAACAACCUUGCUCUCGUCUACGACAACAACCAAAUCACCUGUGAUGGUUCGGUCGACAUCACUUGCAACGACGACGUCAAUGAGAAGAUGAAGGCCGUUGGUUGGCACGUCAUCGAUGUCAUGGAUGGCACCACAAACAUCUCGGGCGUCGUGCAAGCUCUCGUUGCUGCUCGCGCAAGCGACAAACCUACUUUUAUCAACAUCCGCACAAUCAUUGGUAUCGGUAGUGCCUCGGCUGGCGAUGCAAAGGCCCACGGUGCUGCUUUCGGUCCCGAAGAUGUCAAGAACAUCAAGCGUACUUUCGGCAUGAACCCCGAAGAGCACUUUAUCGUUCCUGAUGCAGUCUAUGACUUCUUCCGCGAGGCAAAGUCGCGAGGCCAGGAGUAUGAGAAGGAUUGGAGUGGGCUUGUAGAUGGUUAUUCCAAGGAGUACCCUGAACUCGCCGAGGAGUUCAAGUUGCGUGUCGCUGGCAAGAUGCCCAAGGACUGGACCAAGUUCAUCCCCGCCAAGGGCAGCUUCCCUACCUCGCCUACUCCCUCAAGAAAGUCCUCCGGUCUUGUAUGCAAUCCUUUGGCUGAGAAUCUCUCCAACUUCAUGGUUGGCACUGCAGACUUGACACCCUCGGUCAACAUGACGUGGAAGGGCAAGCUCGACUUCCAGAACCCUGAUCUCAAGACUGCAUGUGGCAUCAACGGCAACUACUCAGGUCGCUACAUUCACUGGGGCAUCAGAGAACACGCCAUGUCUGCCAUCUCCAACGGUCUCGCCGCCUACAACAAGGGCACCAUCUUCCCCGUCACUUCGUCCUUCUUCAUGUUUUACAUCUACGCUGCUCCUGGUAUCCGUAUGGGUGCUCUUCAAGGUCUGCAAGCAAUCCAUGUCGCUACUCACGACUCGAUCGGAACUGGUGAGGAUGGUCCCACACAUCAGCCUAUUGCUCUUGCAGCACUCUACCGCAGCAUGCCCAACCUCCUCUACAUCCGUCCUUGCGACUCCGAGGAAACAGCGGGUGCCUACAUCGCCGCCAUCAAAGCCGACUCAACGCCCUCCAUCAUCUCGCUUUCCCGUCAAGCACUCACCCAAUACCCUGAAAACAGCGACCGCGACGGCGUACAAAAGGGCGCUUAUGUCUUCAUGGAAGAAGAAAACGCCGACGUCACCCUCAUCGGCGUGGGCUCGGAAAUGUUCUGCGCCGUCGAGACGAAAAAGCUGCUGCAGGAACAACACAACGUCAAAGCCCGCGUGGUGUCUUUCCCCUGCCAACGCCUCUUCGAGCAGCAAAGCAAAGAGUACAAGCAGUCAGUGCUCCAAUACCGCAGCAAUGCUCCUCGCGUGGUCAUCGAGGCUUACGCCGUCAAUGGCUGGGAGCGCUACGCCGAUGCCGGAUACUCGAUGGCUUCGUUCGGCAAGUCUCUUCCCGGCAAGAAGGCGUACGAGCACUUUGGCUUUGACGCCAAGGCUAUUGCACCCAAAGUCAAGGCACUUGUCGAGGAGGUCAAGAAGGAAGGUAUUGAUUCGCUCAGAGGAGACUUUAGAGAUUUGAACGGCACCAUGAGGAUUGGCCUUCAGCAUUAG